ACCCCUCGCUUCUUUGCGAUUGAUAUGGUGAGCCAUAGUAAGGUUUCCUCGACCGUUUGAGGAUUUAAUUCAGGAGCGAAAGAGAAACACAAAAGUCCGUCGACUCUCAAUCUGCCGAUCCUUUGAUCUUCGAAGUUCGACCACACACACACACACACACACAUAUAUAUAUAUAUAUAUAUAUCAGAAGAUCCCAUGUCGAUCUCGCCAAACACAGUCGAGAGAGGCUGUGCAUCGGGUUUCCCUCAACCAGUCAGCCCAGAAGAUGUGCGUGAAGCUCGGAACUUGGUUUACCGGGUAGUGCAUAUUAACUGCGCCAGCCCCGACGGUCCGAGGCUGCCGGAGAUUGCGUUCAGAGACAGCACAGAAGACCGAGACGUCUUCCGCCGUGUCUUUCGCUUUGAUCUCAGGGACUACAGUGAUGUCUUUCGGAAUGGGUUCAGAGCUCGGCCUCAAGGGAACACUCCCGACCAGGUAUACUACAACCUACUCGACCACGUCAACAAUGCCGGAGCCCCUCUUGAUCCUGGCGUGGUCACUCCACGGGCCUUUGUGAGCACCACACUGAGCCCUAGCUUGAAUACCCGACUCACCAACCCAAUUGGAACGGUGGUGUAUCGAUACGAGAUUUUCGCGCCCGGCGGCAUCUCAGUUGCCGAAACUCUUGGUAAUCGAUACGGUUUCCCGGGCCAAAGAGAGAUAGCCUUUGUGGGCGGCAUUGCCCCUCAGUACAUUCGGGCUGUUCAACUCUUCACUAUCACCACUUACAGCAGUCAGGGGUAUCCAAGAUUGGAGAGGUCGGAUCCCACGGUUCCAUCAAUAAUGAUAAGUCUCGCAUUCAACCCGCAGAGUCAUCCGCACAGGGACAUCAUUAUUCGCGAUCCAGCCUGUUAUUAUAUGGACAGAGAUAAUCGGCGGCAACCACUGCGUCUUAACUUUUAUCGCGGUCCCUCAGUUGAAUAUGCUGGCCAGGUAGAACCGAUAGUACCCCGUGAUAAUGAAGACGGUUGGUAUGCCCAUGAUGUAUUUGAUGUCGUGAGCUAUAUAGAUGCAGCUUUCCGUUCUUCCCGGACCGAUGAAGCCUAUCUGUUCAUGAGGGAUGAGUACGUAGUGGUGAACUAUGCUCCGGACAGUACAGAUGACAAGAGGAUUGUGGAUGGCCCGUUGCUCAUCUGCGACGGGUUUCCAUCUCUUACCAACACAACCUUCGGAGAAUAUGGAAUAGACUGCGCUUUCGCGAGUCACUAUGGUGACCAGGCUUACAUCUUCUCUUCGAAUAUGUGCGCGUUAAUGGACUACGCACCGGGCACGUCCAAUAAUAAUGAUCGGAUAAUCAGCAGCCCCAUGAAGAUCGCCUCGAUGUUCCCAUUCCUCAAACACACGGUGUUCGAGGAUGGCAUAGAUGCUGCAUUCGAAGCAACCGCAACUGAUGAAGCUUACAUCUUCAGAGGCAGCAUGUAUGCUCUCAUAAACUACCACGGUUCUAGCGCAGGCAUAAUCGGCUGGAUCAAGCCUAUAGCUGAGUAUUUCAUUGGUUUGUCGGGUACCGUGUUCGAACACGGAAUCGACGCAGCGUUCGCUUCCCAUCGUCGCGGCGAGGCAUAUUUAUUUAAAGGGGAAUAUUACACACUCAUCAGCAUCAUACCGGGCUCGAUAGAUGAUUACAUCAUCGGCGGUGCCGUGAUCAUGGAAAUCCUUCCAAAUUGGCCUUCUUUACGUUUGCCUCGACAGAAUCGUGGUCUUGACGUUCAUGACCACCGUCAUCAUACGCAUGGGAAUGGUGGCACUGAUCACGGCGAUGACGAAUCUUAAUUGGGUUAUACGGGUUCAACAUGGCUUGAGACAUGCAGCUUAUUAAAGCCGUUUUGAUCGAAUAGCAAAAAUGCUCAACCCGAGCUUGUUUAAGUUGUUGUAUCAUAUCAUGUUAUCGUGUCAUGUUAGGAAUUAGGUACGGAGUCCGCGCAAGAACGUGAUGUACUAUUUAUGUCAAUUUUAUUUUACAACUGUUGUGUAAUUCAAAAUAUUGAAAAUUCAAUUUUACUAUCAAUUAUAAAAA